UCCUCUCUCAUGGCUCCGCUCGGUACAUCCGGGCCUCCGUUCACCGCCUGACCGAUCUCCUUCCCGGCCUGAUCUCGGCUUUCCGCGGCCCCGUUGCCUCUCGGGGCCAUGUCUAAUCAGGGGUCCCGGCGGAACGGACCCGUGAAGCUCCGCCUGACCGUUCUCUGCGCGAAAAACUUGGUGAAGAAAGAUUUUUUCAGGCUCCCUGACGCCUUCGCCAAGGUGGUGGUGGACGGCUCGGGGCAAUGCCACUCCACGGACACGGUGCGGAACACGCUCGACCCCAAGUGGAACCAGCACUACGACCUGUACAUCGGGAAGUCGGACUCGAUCACGAUCAGCGUUUGGAAUCAUAAGAAGAUCCACAAGAAGCAGGGAGCCGGAUUCCUGGGCUGCGUCCGGCUUCUGUCCAACGCAAUCAAUCGCCUGAAGGACACGGGCUAUCAGCGACUGGAUCUCUGCAAGCUCGGCCCGAGUGACAAUGAUACAGUUCGUGGUCAGAUUGUCGUCAGUCUCCAGUCCCGAGAGCGGAUCGGCAGCGGCGGGCAGGUUGUUGAUUGCAGCCGUUUGUUUGAUAACGAUUUACCGGACGGCUGGGAGGAGAGGAGGACGGCCUCCGGACGCAUCCAGUACUUGAACCACAUCACACGGACCACGCAGUGGGAGCGGCCGACCCGGCCGGCGUCUGAAUACUCCAGUCCAGGGCGGCCCCUCAGCUGCUUUGUGGAUGACAACGCACCGGUCCCCGUGACGAACGGCGCCACGUGCGGGCAGAGCUCGGACCCCCGGCUCACGGAGAGGAGGGUCCGCUCGCAGCGGCACAGGAACUACAUGAGCAGGACACAUUUACACACCCCCCCCGACCUGCCGGAAGGAUAUGAACAGAGGACCACGCAGCAAGGCCAGGUGUACUUCCUGCACACGCAGACUGGGGUCAGCACGUGGCAUGACCCACGCGUGCCGAGGGAUCUCGGCAACGUGAACUGCGAGGAGCUCGGCCCGCUUCCCCCGGGCUGGGAAAUCCGCAACACGGCAACCGGGAGGGUCUACUUUGUGGAUCAUAACAACAGGACCACGCAGUUCACGGAUCCACGGCUGUCCGCCAACCUUCACCUGGUGCUAAACCGGCAGAACCAGCUGAAGGAUCUCCCGCAGGAGGUGGUCACGCUGUGCCCGCUGCCGGACGAGGCCGACUGUCUCACCGCGCCACGUUAUAAGAGGGAUCUCGUGCAGAAGCUGAAGAUCCUGCGCCAGGAGCUGUCCCAGCAGCAGCCACAGGCCGGCCACUGCCGCAUCGAGGUGUCACGGGAGGAGAUCUUUGAGGAAUCCUACAGGCAGGUGAUGAAGAUGAGGCCGAAGGAUCUGUGGAAGAGGCUGAUGAUAAAGUUCCGUGGCGAGGAGGGUCUGGAUUAUGGAGGGGUUGCUAGGGAAUGGCUGUAUUUGUUGUCCCACGAAAUGUUAAAUCCGUACUACGGCCUCUUCCAGUACUCACGGGACGACAUCUACACCCUGCAGAUCAACCCGGACUCCGCCGUGAACCCGGAACAUCUGUCCUAUUUCCAUUUCGUGGGGCGGAUCAUGGGGAUGGCCGUAUUCCACGGACACUACAUCGACGGGGGGUUCACGCUGCCGUUCUAUAAGCAGCUGCUGGGGAAGCCAAUCACGUUGGACGACAUGGAAUCUGUGGAUCCCGAUCUUCAUAACAGCCUCGUGUGGAUCCUCGGGAACGAUAUCACGGCCGUGCUGGACCACACGUUCUGCGUGGAACACAACGCGUUCGGGGAGCUCAUCCAACAUGAACUGAAACCCAACGGAAAGAGCAUCGCGGUCACCGAAGAGACCAAAAAGGAAUACGUCCGGUUAUACGUGAACUGGCGGUUCCUGCGCGGGAUCGAGGCGCAGUUCCUGGCGCUGCAGAAAGGCUUCCACGAGGUCAUCCCGCAGCAUCUGCUCAAAGCCUUCGACGAAAAAGAACUGGAGCUGAUAAUCUGUGGCCUCGGGAAGAUCGACGUGAGCGACUGGAAGACGAACACGCGGCUGAAGCACUGCACCCCUGACAGCAACGUGGUCAAGUGGUUCUGGAAAGCCGUGGAGUCGUUUGACGAGGAGAGGAGAGCGCGGCUCCUCCAGUUUGUGACCGGAUCUUCCAGAGUCCCUCUCCAAGGCUUCAAAGCGUUACAAGGUGCUGCCGGCCCCAGGCUCUUCACCAUCCAUCAGAUUGAUGCCAACACAAACAACCUCCCCAAAGCCCACACGUGCUUUAACCGUGUGGACAUCCCCGCGUACGAGAGCUACGAGAAGCUGUACGAGAAGCUGCUCACGGCCAUCGAGGAGACGUGCGGAUUCGCCGUGGAAUGAGUGAGUCGGCCCCGUGGCGGGAGGAGCUGAGCGUGUAUCACGACACGUGGAUAUAUCGUGAUAUGACAGCGUGGUCUAUAUCCUCUGAUCUGAUCCACGCUCCGCACGUGCGACUUUGCUGCUAUUUAAACCGAUUUUGGGCCACGCCGUGAUAGAAAGUGACUACUAUUUUUUAUAAAAAGGGACGUUUAUUACAUUCCGGGAGCUUUUCACCCAGAAGCAUCUGGCGUCAUCGGCGCGGCCCCCCCGGACGGAUGUGGCGUGGCCCCCGGAGUCACCGUUACAUAGCUUUUGGUUUUAUUAAUAUAUUUCUUCUCCCGAUAAUUUAAUCUCCUGCCCGUCUUUUUACCCGCGAAGGAUCCUUUUGUAAGUUUUUGUUAUAAAUUAAAGCUGUUAUUUCUGCAGAAUAA